AUGGGCACUCCCUGCGGCCCCGACCUCAUUCCAGGCAUCCAGCGAAUGGCUCGUGGCGUGGACCUCACCCAGCUGGACCUGACCAACACCAAGGGCGGAGACGGCUUUAAGAAGACGCUGAUUGAGUUCACCUGCAACAAGGACCGCAAGUGGAUGAUGCCCGGCACCGGAAGUCAGAAGCAGUACGCCUGGCCGGACCAGGUGGAGGGCGUCAAUGUGGUGCCCAGCGGCUCCAUGACUGCCAAGACGGCCAUCAGCGAGGACACUGAGCAGUACAAGAAGUCACUGGAGGCGAGUGUCUCCACCAGUGUAAACGCCCUCUUUGGCAGUUUCUCCGCUAGCUCCAGCGUCAAAGCGGCGGAGAGUAGCAAAUUCCAGAAAAAGUCCAUGAUUGCUGAGACUUCCGCCUUCACCUCGGCCAUCGAGGUCGACUUUGCCGUAAAAGGCACCCUUCAGCCCAGUCUGACGCCCAGUUUCAAGGAGUUCUUCAGCGGCCCGGUGAGGAAGUACAUCGACGCCCAGCAAGAGUACGACAGCUUCCUGGACGCCUUUGGCACCCACUACUUUGACAAGUCUUACCUGGGCGGUUUUCUCUACAUGCGCACCGAAGUGAAGGAGGACUACUUCAACCGAGAGCGAGAGCUUGAGGUCGAGGCGAAAAUCAGCGCCAGCUACGAGGCGAUCGUCAAAGGCGACGCCCAGUUCAAGGUGAAGGCCAGCGAUGAGAUGAAGGCAUUCCUCUCAAACAGCUCUAUGAUCAUGGAGUACCUGGGCGGAGAGCCGCUCACCCUGGACAUGGACAAGGACGCCCCCACGGAACUUCAGGGUGAAGUGCGCAGUGAGCGGUCACAAAAGAUCUAG